AUAACAGUUUCCUUUUCUUCCAUCUCUUUCAAACACUUUAUACCCAUUUCCAGCUUUCCUUAUAUCUAUUACAUUACAGCCACCCAGACCCACUUUUGGAGCAGGAACUUACCCACCCACCCUGCUUUGCCUUCUCGGAUUUGGUGACCCUUAACAAACACCAGCAUGUGUUCGUGCAAAGGUUUGAAAAAAGAUGUCUAUUAAUUAUAACCAAACACUGAAGGUGCUGGAGAAACUCGGCGGCAUUUACGGAGAGACAGAGGGAGGGAGUUAAUGUUUUGAGUCAGGUAUGACUCUUCAGAGCCGGUUUUGCUUUCAUUGCUCUCAGUUCAGGAGGAAUUGAAUCAUAUUCCUGCAGUAAUUUUUAGAUAUAUCCUUCAUCACUGUCAGGAUUUUCCUGGUAUUUAGCUCCAUCCCGGCUCAAUGGGAUGGUCACUGUCCCUGGUACUUUGUGAACUGUUCGUAAAGAACCUCCCUGCAUGGACUGAGCGGGCGACCUUCAAAGGAGACCGAGGGAAAAUAAACAUUGACAGCCUUUCAACGAGAUCAGCGCUAUUCCCCAACUUGUUCGCACAUCAGCUGGAUUGCUGCGGCUGGAAUUUCUCCUGGUUUUUCAGCAGGAGCGGAGCAGUGGGGGUGAGUGAGGCUGGGCUGGGGUGGAGUGUGUGUGAUGACAGCUCUCCCUGUCUCAGAGCCCUGCUCUAACUCAGACUGAAAUCACCCAGUGCCGCCGCCGCUGCUGCUCGUUCACAGGGCGCCGGGAGAUCAUCCGGAAAUUUACACACACAGGUACACACAGGCUGCGAGAGGGAGAGUUACGGGUCCACCCCACCCCGGGGGGAACUGCUGUCAGGGCGGCCAUUGUGUGGAAUGUACUUCCAGAGGAAGUGGUGGAUGUUUCUAAGUCUGAUCAACAAACAUUGGAACAGAUGAUUUGAAUGCUGGUGUACAUUUGAUUUUCAGAUAAUGGGCUGCGUGCACUGUAAAGAGAAGACAUCAACAAAAUCCCAAGCCGACGAUGGGGACGGGUUCUUUAAUCAAAACACGAACCCACGCUAUGGACCAGACCCCACCAACCAGCCCCAGACUGCAGUCUUCACAAGGAUUCCUGACUUUAACAGCUUCCACGACACCACAAAUACAACACUGACUCCCUUUGGUGGUUCUGUUGGCUACCCAAAUGCUUCACUCCCAUCGAGAGGUGGAGGCUUACCAGGAGGCGUGACCCUGUUUGUAGCACUGUAUGAUUACGAUGCCAGGACGGAGGAUGACCUCACCUUCAAGAAAGGAGAAAAAUUCCACAUUAUUAACAGCUCAGAAGGAGACUGGUGGGAGGCUCGAUCAUUGACAACUGGGAAAACAGGAUAUGUCCCCAGUAAUUAUGUGGCCCCUGUCAACUCCAUCCAAGCUGAAGAAUGGUACUUUGGUAAGAUGGGCCGGAAGGAUGCUGAGCGGAUGUUGCUGUGCCCUGGUAACCCACGAGGCACCUUCCUCAUACGGGAGAGUGAGACGACCAAAGGUGCCUACUCCUUAUCCAUUCGGGAUUGGGAUGAAGUGAAAGGAGAUCAUGUGAAACAUUAUAAAAUUCGUAAACUGGAUAAUGGUGGGUAUUAUAUCACGACACGAGCCCAGUUUGAGACUGUCCAGCAGCUGGUCCAUCAUUACACAGAGCGAGCUGCGGGCCUGUGCUGUCGCUUGGUGGUGCCAUGUCAUAAGGGCAUGCCGAAACUGGCAGACCUUUCGGUCAAAACCAAAGAUGUGUGGGAGAUACCUCGGGAGUCCUUGCAGCUGAUCAAGAAGCUGGGCAAUGGGCAGUUUGGGGAAGUGUGGAUGGGAUCGUGGAAUGGUACCACAAAGGUCGCAGUGAAGACUCUGAAACCCGGCACUAUGUCACCUGAAGCAUUUCUUGAGGAAGCCCAAAUAAUGAAGAGACUGAGACAUGACAAAUUGGUUCAGCUUUACGCAGUGGUUUCUGAGGAACCAAUCUACAUUGUCACGGAAUUCAUGACUCAAGGAAGCUUGCUUGAUUUUCUAAAGGAUGGUGACGGAAGGAUAUUAAAACUACCACAGCUAGUUGACAUGGCAGCUCAGAUUGCAGCAGGAAUGGCCUAUAUCGAGAGAAUGAAUUACAUUCACAGAGAUUUAAGGGCUGCUAAUAUUCUUGUAGGAGAAAAUCUUGUGUGUAAGAUUGCAGAUUUUGGGCUGGCAAGACUUAUUGAAGACAAUGAAUACACAGCUCGACAAGGAGCCAAGUUCCCAAUAAAGUGGACAGCACCUGAAGCUGCUCUUUAUGGAAAGUUUACAAUCAAGUCAGAUGUGUGGUCGUUUGGGAUUCUAUUGAUAGAGCUGGUUACCAAAGGAAGAGUUCCAUAUCCAGGAAUGAACAAUCGUGAGGUAUUGGAGCAGGUGGAGCGAGGAUAUCGAAUGCCGUGUCCGAAUGCCUGUCCAGGUUCUCUUCAUGACCUGAUGAUCCAAUGCUGGAAGAAAGACCCAGAAGAAAGGCCAACCUUUGAAUACUUACAGUCCUUCCUCGAGGACUACUUCACAGCAACAGAACCCCAGUACCAGCCUGGGGAAAACCUGUAGAUCCCCCUGGCAACUGGAACACUCCUUAACCAAUGACAAACUAUAUUUCUGAUCAACCGUGUUCCAAGUUUGCUGAACCUGGAGCCUGUGCUGUAAUGUAUUCACAGCCUAAACCCUGAAGGAACACAUCGAGUGUGACAGCAACCGUUACACACUUCCAAUUAACAGAACACCCAAAUAGUUUUGGGGUUAACGAUCUCUGCUUUCUUUUCCACAAUUAAUUUUUCUUUCAUUUUUUUUAAAGGCAGAAUGAUUCCAGAGUGGGGGUGAGUGUGCAGGGAGUUGUGGCAGAGAUGUACUGAUGUUGUUCAGCGGUGUUGAGCUCCAGAUACUGGAUUUUCCAUCGACUUGAUAAGAUCUGUCAGCAGAACCCAGGGCACAGCCAUUGCUUGUGGUUUCCAGCCAGUGAUUCAGCGUGUUGCUGUCAAACACACUGUGUAGGAAGGCGACUGAUCUGCUAUGCUUACUUAACAAUGUUGCAUUGGACCAUGCUAAUUCUUUUCCUUCUUAAUUAAUAUUUCACUGAGCUAUUGUGUUUGAUUUACCAUAUUUCCAGAAAUAUUUUACUCUGAGAUUUGUACAAUUUUAUAGGCCCAACAUCCAAGGACCCGCAUUUUAAAAAGAUAAAUUUUCUACACUGGUAUAAGGCCAGCAAAGAUGGUCAAGUUUAGUCACUGAAUAACGUUUACUUACACUUUAAAUACAAUCUGUUUAGUACAGUGUUGACAUAAGAGUAAUGAAGAAGAAGCACAAUUGAUUAAUUUACAUGCCAUGGUAUAGGAGAAUGUGACACUAUGAAGUUUGACUCUCUGGGUAUUUGUUAACAGGGCAAUAAAUUUUUUGGAUGAAUAUCUGAAAAGAUAAUGAUGUACUGGGCUGGCCUAAAUGUUGGGGUGCUGUCAUUUGGAGGAUCUGCUCCUAGAAGAGAAACUGUGUCACAUCAAUAUCAAACAUGACAGUGAUCCCUCUAUAUUGGUGACCUCAAAACUCCUGCUUUCAGCCAUCAAGCAUCUUGACUGAAAAGUGUGGUGUGAGCAUUACUGCUGUCACUGUGCUCGCAGCUUCUGAUGAGCUGGACGCAGUCAAUCAGCCCCUGAGCAAAAUCCUCAAACACAUCGAGGCAACACAGGUACUGUGCGACUACCAUUGCCUUCAGAGGAAGGCUUACAUUACAGAAAAUAUAAGGCCAAGCCAUCAGCAGGGCUGGCCAUCUUCAAUCUAACCAGAGAUGAUAGGUCUGUGACCAUUUGGAGGACUGAAAUGUGUUCCCCAAUUUUUCUGAUGAAAAUCAGCUUUAUUUGGAAUAACCAAGAAGCUUCAGGUUCAGAAUCUAAUCUAAUCUAAUCAAAUUUCAGCAAGUGUUUGGAGCAAAAAUGAACUGGGUUUAAUUUUUUUAACAGAAGGUUCAACUGUGCUUUAUUUAAAUGUUUUCCACCUUUCUAACAUGAUCAGGAUUGUUAAUCUGAUUGUUAUUUUGUCAUUGUUUCUGGUGCAAAUUACUGAAGCUUACGUUUUUGCUCGGUCUAAAAUCUGCAUUAUUUCUUAACAUGUCAUAGAAUAGAGACACUUUAAGUGGAAUUUCUUUCCAAAAAAAGCUUUGUACAGCUUUAGCUGCGCAUAAUGUAAAUUUGUUACUCUGGCGUUUUCACAAGUGACUCAAUUGCAACAAAAUACAAUUGAAUUAAAAUUACUUUUACAGGCAACCUCAGUAACCAGGCUCUGAUAAAAUCUGGACAUUUCAAUUCUUUUACCUUUGUCUUCCUGUGCUGACAGUUUCGACUCUUAAUAAAAUACUCUUGCAGAAGCCCCCCGCCAACACUCUUGUAGCAUUCCUGCUGACCCCAAUCUUUGCCUGGGAAGGGACUAACCUUCAGUGUCUCUACAGCUAGUCUGCAACCAACAGUGAAAGGCCUAUCUAAUUUUCAUGUUUGGAUCUCAUAUCAUUCCAUCCGUGAUUUGCUCACCCCGAAUAAGAAGAAAGCUGCUGAUCAGAGAAGUCCCAAAAUCUGAAAUCUCCAUCCCUAUCAAUCAGUAUGUUAAGGGAAGGCAGAAGCAAUACUGUGAGAGACCUGCAUUAGAGAGCCCAGAAAGCAAUAAUGCUCCCUUUAUGAUUCCACAAUAAAUCAUUUCAAAACAUUUAACUUACCCCUUCUCCAGCAAUGUUCUUAGUUUCUAAAGGCCAAGCUGGGCAGUGAAAGUGCCAAUGCACAAGGCGUGUAUGGCAAAUGGAGCCACAUUGAUUCUGUGGGAGACUAAUUUACGUGGAAUGAUGAGGCAUCUGAUUGCUUUCAGCAGGAAACUGGGCCUCUCUUCACUAAGACACAGAAAAUGCAGAGUCCUGAAUGUUGACCAGUUUUCAUCACAUGAUGACCCCGUAUCCAUAAAGUGUCAAAGCUGAAAGGUAGGAUGAGAGUGACUGUGAACUGUUCACUGGGGAGGCUAAUAUCUAAAGCCCCUAAUGACCUUAUAGAGGUUUAUAAAAUCAUGAGGAGCAUGGAUAUGAUGAAUAGCCAAGGUCUUUUCCCCAGGGUAGUGGAGUCCAAAACUACAGAGCAUAGGUUUAAAGUGAGGGAGAAAGAUUUAAAGGGGACCUAGGGGGCAUUUUUUCCACUUAGAGGGUGGUAUGUGUAUAGAACUAGCUGCUAGAGGAAGGGGUGGAGGCUGGUACAAUUACAACAUUUAAAAGACAUCUGGAUAGGUAUAUGAAUAGGAAGGGUUUAGAGGGUAAUGGGCCAAAUGCUGGCAAUUGGUACUAGAUUAAUUUAGGAUAUCUGGUCAGCAUGGAUGCGUUGGGCCGAAGGGUCUGUUUCUAUGCUGUACAUCUCUAUGACACUAUGACUCUAAAGGCUGUAGAAAGUCCAUAUUGAUAUGAGACAUGUGAAUGUCAAAGCCUCUGGAAUUGUUAUCAUUUUGUGAUGAGUCACUUGUAACCCAUACUCAGCUUUCUGUUCAAUGAACUACCGACUAAUUAGAAACUUUCUGCUUCUGAUGAGCAGACUUCUUGUGUCCACUACAGGUAUUCCAUUGUAUCAUGUUUGAUGCUCGACAGUCUCACCCAGUCAAUUUCAUUAUAUAAAAAUGGCUUGGAGUUUGUUAAGAACAUUUCAAGAGAAUAUACUGAUGCAGAGCCCCAGUUCAAUAAUAUAUCCUCAAUGCAAGUCCACAGCUCUAAAUAUGGUCAACAAUUCUCUGAAAAAAAACCCUAAUUUUAGAAAUUAUCAUUGUACAUGAGUAGUUAUUGUGUCAUCAUUAUUGAGCGAAAUAUAGAAAGUACCGGUAGGUUUAGGCCAUGCGCCCUUUAAGCCUUCUUUUGCCAUUCAACGUGACCUUGUCCGAUCAUCCAAUUCAGUUCCCUGUUCCAGCAUUCUCCUCUUUAUUCUUUUAUCCCCUUAGGCCUAAGAGCUAUAUCUAACUCCUUCUUGAAAACAUUCUACGUUUUGACUUCAACCACUUUCUGUGGCAGAGAAUUCCAUAGGUUCACCGCUGUCUGGGUGAAGAAAUUUCUCCUCAUCUCCGUCCUAAUUGGCCGACCUUGUAUCCUUAGACUGUGACCCCUAGUUCUGGACUCCCCAGUCAUCAUUAGGAACACCCUUGCUGUGUUUUCCCUGUCUAGUCCUGUUAAAAUUUUACAGGUUUCUAUGAGAGCCCCCUCAUUCUUCCAAACUUCAGUGAGUGUUCUCCUAUCUGAACCAGUGUCUCUUCAUAUGUCAGUCCUGUCAUCCCAGGAAUCAGUUUGGAAAUCCUUUGUUGUGCUCCUUCCCCAGAUAAGGAAACCAAAACUGCACACAAUACUCUAGGUGCAGUCUCAUUACACCCCUGAACAAUUGCAUCAAGACAUUGCAGUUCCUGCAUACCAAUCCUCUCCCUAUGAAGGCUAACAUCCUGGUUAUCUUCUUCACUGCCUGCUGCACCUGCAAUAAGUCAUUGUUUCUCUAUUUGGAAACAGUCAGAAAUUGUCCAUGCAUUUUACACUGUCUCUGGUCUCCCCUUCCAUAAACUAAUUAUGUGGAUCUAUUCAUAAAAGCUGAGAGAUAGCAUUUGCCCCAUUCAUGUCAAUGAACAAAAGUAAGAUGCAGCAGUUAGGUGUCAUAUCUAUGUAAGAUUGUCCUAAUUUAGUAGGAAUUUAAUAUGAAGCAUGCUACCUCAGAGAGUAAUUGAAAUCUUGCAUUGAUGCAGGUAAGAAGAAUAGCAAGAGAAAGACAUGAGAGUGAAAGGAAUAGCAGAAUAUGUUGAUUGUACGGGAUUAAUUUGUGUAUGAGGAGAAUAAAGACCGGCAUGGAUGAGAUGGGCAUAGUGUUCUGUUCUGCAAAAUCUAUGUAAUGUCCAUGUAACUGACAAGGAGAAAAAACAGGCUCCACGUUCUGGUACCACUCUAAUUUUCAUCAAACUAAAUUGGCUAUUUGAACAUUUAUUAAUUGCUUAAACAAACAAAAAAGAAACAGAAAUUGGUGGAGAAACUCAGCAGGAAAUGGCAGCACCCUUGAAGAGAGAAAACAUCAUUAAUGUUUUGAGUCCAGUGAUCCUUCUUCAGAACUGAUAGCAGCUAGGAAAAAGGUAAUAUUUAUGCUGAUGAUGGAGAGGGGAAGAGGAAACUGGAGAUGGGAAGAAGUGAGUGGAUCGGAAGACAGGAAGCUCGGACAGAGAGAAAAAAGAGUGGAUAAACAAAGGGAUUGUUGGUAUUAAGCCAGGGAAGAAAAGCAACUCAUUAAGUCACAAUGAGGGCAAUGAGUGGGUGAAAAUGGUUUGGCUGUGUUGAAAGCAAAUUCAUGAUUUGACAGGACCUGGAGUGUGGGUAAAAGACACGGAGGGAGAUGUUCAUGAUUUGAAAUAGUUACACUCAAUAUUGAAUCUGGAAGGCUGCAUGUUCCCCAAGUGGAAAAUAAGAUGCUGCUCUUCCAGCUUGCUGAGCUUUGCUGGAGUACUACAGCAAGCAUGAGCCAGAGAUGUUGGCCAGGCCACACAGCAGUGUGUUAAAGUGGCAGGCAACUGGAAGUUCAGGGUCUUUUUAACAGACAGAACCUUGCCUACUUUGUAGUCUACUGACUUACUAAAGUCACUGCACCUGAAGCAUUUAUCGCCACAGUCAAUAUGAUUAAGUCAAUUUUGUGAUUAAAAUGUUGCUUACAUCCUUGAUUAAGCUAAAUCAAGUAAAACAAUUAUCAAUAGUUGGAAAGAUAAUUAACUGAGAAGUGAAUCUUUGCAUUUCCUCACUCAUUAAAUAUCUCAGAUGAAACAAGUAUCAUUAUGAAGAUGUGAUUAACUAAACUGAUAGAUUAUCAGUGUUUUAAAAAAUUGACCAAACAGAAAGCGCUGAGAAAACUCAGCAGGUCUGGUAGCAUCUGUAAAAUGAGAAACAGAUUUUCUCUGGUCGGCACAACAUCGAGGGCCGAAGGGCCUGUACUGUGCUGUAAUAGAACAUAGAACAUAGAACAGUACAGCACAGAAUAGGCCCUUCGGCCCAUGAUGUUGCGCCGACCAUUGAUCCUCAUGUUUGCACCCUCAAAUUUCUGUGACCAUAUGCAUGUCCAGCAGUUUCUUAAAUGACCCCAAUGACCUUGCUUCCACAACUGCUGCUGGCAACACAUUCCAUGCUCUCCCAACUCUAAUGUUCUAAAAAAAGAGUUAACAUUUCAAGUCCACCAUGACACCUCUUUAAACCUAAAAUGUUAACUGUUUUAUUCUACAGGUGCAGUUAUUCCAAAUCUGCAGUAUUUUGCUGUUAUUUUCAUAUUAGGUACUUUAGGAGAUUUUCAAUUUUCAAUUUUAUUCCUCAGGAUUUCUCUUAUUCUUUCAUAGAAUAAGAAUCUCUGCAGCCUUUGGUGUGUAGGUAUACCUGGCUGUGCUGUUAGAAAGUGAAUUCCAGCAAUUUGAACCCACAACAGCGAAAGAAUGGUGAUAUAUUUCCAAAUCAGGAUGGUGAGUGACAGGGAGGGGAACUUGCAUGUCGUGGUAUCCCCAUGUAUCUUGCUGCCCUUGUCCUCCGAGAUGGAAGUGGUCAUGGGUUUUGAAAGGUGCUGUCUAAUGAGCCUUGCUGAGUUGCUACAACACUUGGCGUAGAUGUUAUACACUGUGACUACUGUGUGUCAGUGGUAAAGGGAGUUGUAUGUUGAAGGUGAUGGAUCGGAGUGAAUCAAACAGGGUGCUUUAUCCUGAAUGGUGUCAAGGUUCCUGAGUAUUGUUGGAGCUGCCCCUCCAGACAAGUCCCAUCACACUGCUGAUUUGUGCCUUGCACACAGUGGACAGGCUUUGAGGAGUCAGGAUUUUGAUUCUGACAGUGACAAUUAAGUUGCUGCUUAAUGUCUCCAUAGGAACCCAGAUUCCUUUCCUUGGUUUUCUCAGAUCAUUCAGCAGCUGCUGUGUAGCAUAUUUUCUUCUUCUCUUGUUUUUUCUGUUUUUUUUUUAAGUUUGCUUUUUUAAAAACUUACUUUCUGGAGAGAGAGUUUGGUCGUGGAGGCGAUGGCAUUAGGGUGCGGAGUGUGGCAGCAGCUGGACUGGCCCGCAACGGGACUUUGGCACUCGGUGAUGAGAAGGCUGGUGAGCUGGGCAGAACCUAAGCGUCCAACAACAUUGCAGCAUCGUCGAGGCCCAGAGCAGUUGUCAGUGAGGCAGUUGGCAAUGCCAGGCAGGGGUCUGACAGUCAGCGGCGAGACAGCAGCGUGGAGGAGAUCGGGCCCUUGUGGGGAAAGCCCGUUGUGGAAAGACUGUAAUACUAAACUUUUAACUUUCUUCUCUUCCUGAGGAAGGGUCACCAGACCCGAAACAUUAACUCUGUUUUUCCCUUCGCAGAUGCUGUCAGACCUGCUGGGCUUUUCCAGCAACUUUGUUUUUGUUUGUUGUUUAACUUUCUUUCUUUAUUUUACUUUGUACUAAAAAAGAACUGUUAUGUUGAAUGUAUUAAUUUAUUCCUUUAUUUUUCUACUUCGUACCUAAGGUGGGGCCAAGAAGUGACGUUGUAUACUUUUCCCUGUACUCAAGUAUACGUGACAAUAAAACUUAAUUCUAAGUU